CUUUCACCCUUUCACACCUAUACUUGCCUGAAAGACGGACGGCCCCAUGUGACCUGCGCGCACCAAGCUCACCUUUCUUCCUACAUCUGAAUCUGCUUAUGACCCUGAGGUGCUAUAUAGGACUUGCCGGCUGCAAAACUUUGACUGUCUUGGAUAAUCCAUCGCUGCUUGGUCGACAUGGCGCCUGCACCGCAAGCGAUGUUUGCGACGGAUGAGAAAGCGCUCUGCUUCCACCAUGAGCUGCUCUACGAGGCCAAGGUACUGCAAGUCAGACAGAAGGACCCGACGGACAAGAAGAGUACUUUUGAAUACAAGGUCCACUACAAGGGCUGGAAGAAUACUUGGGACGACUGGGUUCCCCAAGAACGGUUGCGGAAGAACACCGAGGAGAAUCGGGAGAUUGCGACGAACCUGAGGAAGGAGAUGGAGGCGUUGCAGAAGCGCAGCACGAAACCAGCGCCUGUAUCGCACAAGAAGCGGACCGACCGAGCCUCGGAGGACCGGCAAUCGUCGCUUGCAGCUGGCUCUCGGGGACAGAAGCGGGGACGAGACUUUGAGAUUGACAGAGAAGAAAGCAUAACAGUACGGCCAAUAGUGCCCCUGCACAUGCCAGACCGGCUGAAGAGCCUCCUGGUAGACGACUGGGAGAACAUCACCAAGAACGCGCAACUCAUGCAGCUGCCAACCAAGAUGCCCGCCGGCAUCAUCCUCGACGAGUACGCCGCGAUCGAGCGCGAGAAGCGCAAGGCAGGGUCCGCCGAAGCCGACAUUCUCGAAGAAGUCGUGGCUGGAGUGAAGGAAUAUUUCAACAAGGCGCUUGGCCGCAUCCUGCUGUACCGCUUCGAGCGCCAGCAGUACUACGAGAUCCACAAGGAGAUUGACUCGCCCACCUCCGACCUCGCCGGCAAGCCGCUCUCAGACGUGUAUGGCGGGGAGCACCUGCUGCGUUUGUUUGUUACGAUGCCGGAGCUGAUUGCGCAGACGAAUAUGGACCAGCAGUCGGUCAACCGUCUCCGGGAGGAGCUGGUGCGCAUGACGACUUGGCUGGCCAAGGAGCCGAAUGUGGGACGGUACUUUACGUCGGAGUACGAGAGCACGAACAGCACGUACAAGGACAAGAUUAAUGCUGGCGGCUGAGCAGGGCAGGGCGGGAGGAGGUAUGGGGCACGCAGUAGUAGUAUUAGUAGAUGAAUGUAUACAGCCAUGGAUGGUUGGGAGCGCAGAGUAUGGACGGUUGAUGCGACUAUAUCAUAGCAUAGCUGCCAUAGCCAUAGACAGGGCAGACGCAGGCAGCAGUGCGGAAAGCAAAGAGGGCCAUUUCUGGACAUGUAAUAUUAUAUACCUAUAAAAAGCCAACUUUGUAGGCUGU